GGGAUAGGUUAUAGAGGGAUGGAUAUGGGUUGGAUAAACAGCAGGAUAUUUAACCCAUAUCAGAGGGCUGUUUGGAUGUGCACUUGAAGAAGAAGUCUGCACAUCUCCCUACCCCUCUGAGAAAGCAGAGAAGUCACUAUGAGCACAGCUGGGAAAGUUAUCAAAUGCAAGGCAGCAGUUGCCUGGGAAGCUGGCAAACCUUUCUCAGUGGAAGAGAUAGAAGUUGCACCACCAAGGGAUCAUGAAGUCCGCAUAAAGAUUGUGGCCACAGGCGUCUGCCGUACUGAUGCUCAUGCCGUGAGCACCCACUUUAAAGAAGGUUUGUUCCCUGUAAUCCUUGGCCAUGAAGGAGCUGGCAUUGUGGAAAGUGUUGGACCAGGAGUCACCAAAUUUAAACCAGGCGACAAAGUUAUCCCUCUCUAUAUCCCUCAAUGUGGUGAAUGCAAAUUUUGCUUGAGUCCCAAAACCAACCUUUGUCAAAAGAUCAGUAAAAUUAAGACUGCCAUUUCUGAUCAAGAUUUCAUGGCUGACAAUACAAGCAGGUUUACCUGCAAGGGGAAGCAAUUAUACCACUUCAUGGGCACCAGUACCUUCUCUGAAUACACCGUCUGUGCUGAAACCUCUGUUGCCAAAAUUGAUGAUGCAGCUCCACUGGACAAAGUCUGUCUGAUUGGUUGUGGAUUCUCUACUGGGUAUGGUGCUGCUAUAAACACUGCAAAGGUUGAACCUGGUUCUACCUGUGCAGUGUUUGGUUUGGGAGGUGUCGGACUCUCUGCUGUCAUGGGAUGCAAAGCAGCAGGAGCUACUCGAAUUAUCGGAAUUGACAUCAACAAAGACAAGUUUCCAAAAGCACUUGAGCUGGGAGCUACUGAAUGCAUCAGUCCUAAAGACUAUGACAAGCCCAUCCAACAGGUCAUAAGUGAAAUGACUGGCGGAGGUGUGGAUUUCGCCAUUGAGUGCAUUGGAAUUAUUGAAGUUAUGAAAGCUGCCUUGGAGUGCACUACAGUAGGCUGGGGUACCUGUGCAAUAGUCGGAGUGUCUUUAGCAGAAGAGGGGGUGCCUGUUGCUCCAUUCCAGUUGAUAAUGGGUCGCACAUUGAAAGCUACAUUCUUUGGAGGUUGGAAGAGCAAGGAUAAUGUCCCCAAGCUGGUGUCUGACUACUUGUCAAAGAAAUUUGAUCUGGAUGCCCUGGUUACCUUCACCCUACCGUUUGAUCAAAUUAAUGAAGCAUUUGAGCUCAUGCGUGAAGGGAAGAGUAUCCGAACGGUGUUGGUGUUUUAAUACCACAUGGAUUGAUGAAAGCUACGUGUAGCUUUUUGUGAAAUCUGCCUUGUACAUCUAAACUUCACUGACAGAUUCCAUGCUCGAGAUAUGAAUGAUAUGAAGAAAUUAUGUUACCCAUAUAGCAUGUUAAAGGUCCUCAAUAAGAAAUCACUAGUACAUUAGUAGCCUCCAUGCCUUUAUGUAAAACAUGUGUGCACUGAUAUGUAGCGAAAAGCUAUAGUAUUCCUAUAGUUGACACCACCAGACACGUUCAACUUAUAAUUUUCCUUUGGUGCUGUAAACUAAGUGUAUUAAAAACUGCUACUGUAUGAGUGCUUUGCAUGGUUCAAUAAAUAAAAUACAAGAAACCUA